AGAUCCAGGCGCCGCAGCGGAGGCGGGUCUGCUUCACUCAGGAAGGAAGGAAGCAAGCAAGCAAGCAAGCAAGCAAGAAAGAAAGAGACAUGUCCCGCGCGAAGGCCGCAGUGGUGCUAUGUAUGGAUGUUGGCUUUUCGAUGAGCCAUUCUGGUCCUGGAGAGGAGUCUCCUUUCGAACAAUCCAAGAAAGUAAUGACAAUGUUUGUGCAACGACAGGUGUUUGCAGAGAGUAAAGAUGAAAUUUCGUUGGUUUUAUUUGGCACAGAGAACACAGCAAACAGUCUUGCCAGUGGGGAUCAGUAUCAGCAUAUUGCUGUGCACAGACACCUGAUGCUGCCGGAUUUUGAUUUGUUGGAAGACAUACAAAAUGUGAUUCAGCCUACCUCUGAACAAGGAGACAUUCUCGAUGCUCUGAUUGUGUGUAUGGACUUGCUUCAAAGAGAGACAAUGUAAGGAAAAAAAUAUGACAAGCGACACAUUGAGGUUUUUACUGACCUUGGCAGUCCCUUCAGUGAGGAUCAACUGGAUGUUAUCAUUGCUAACUUGAAGAAAACAGGGAUUUCACUUCAGUUUUUCUUGCCAUUUCCAGUGAAUGACGAAGGUGGAAGUGGGGAUAAGAUUGAUCGUGUACAGUCUAAUAGGCAGCAAAACUCUUUUCCAAGAAAAGGGCUAUCGGACCAGCAGAAAGAAGGCCUUCAAAUGGUGCGGAAGCUGAUGCUUUCACUAGACAAAGAAGAUGGCCUGGAGGACAUUUACACUUUCAGAGAGAGUCUGGAGCGUCUUUCAAUGUUUAAGAAGGUUGAAAGGAGGCCCAUGUCUUGGCCCUGCCAACUUACAAUUGGUUCUAAACUAUCUAUAAGGAUUGUGGCUUAUAAAUCAUUCACUGAGGAGAAAGUGAAAAAAUCCUGGAUGUCGGUGGAUGCAAAGACUCUAAAAAAAGAUGAUGUGCAGAAAGAAACAGUUUAUUGCUUGAAUGAUGAUGAUGAAACAGAGAUCCAAAAAGAGGAUGUUAUUCAAGGAUUUCGCUAUGGGAGCGACAUAAUUCCUUUCUCUAAGGUAGAUGAGGAGCAGAUGAAAUACAAAACAGAUGGAAAAUGUUUUGCUGUCUUGGGGUUCAGCAGAUCAUCUCAGAUCCUGAGACAUCGCUACAUGGGGAGUCAGGUUCUGAAGGUCUUUGCAGCAAAGGACGAUGAGGCUGCAGCAGUUGCUCUUUCUGCGCUCAUUCAUGCUUUGGAUGAGUUGGAUAUGGUAGCCAUUGUGCGUUAUGUCUAUGAUAGAAGAUCUCAGCCUCAGGUUGGAGCAGCCUUUCCAUUGAUCAAGAAUGAAUAUGAGUGCUUGGCAUAUGUACAGCUACCUUAUAUGGAAGAUUUGAGACAAUACAUGUUUUCCUCCUUGAAGAAUAAUAAAAAGUGUUUACCAACAGAGGAUCAGUUGCUGGCAGUUGACUCUCUGAUUGAUUCCAUGAGUUUGGUUUAUGAAGAUGAAAGUGAAGGGACAGUUGAGGAUAUAUUUAAAACCAGCAAAUUUCCAAAUCCUCAGUUUCAAAGAUUGUAUCAGUGCCUACAACAUAAAGCUUUCCAUCCUGAUGCACCCUUGCCUCCUAUUGAAAAACAUCUCUUAGACAUGUUGGAGACACCUCAGGAAGUAAGAGAGCAAUACCAGAUUCCUCUUGAAAAAGUAAAAUCGCUUUUUCCAUUGAAGGAUGUAGGCAAGAUGAAAGAACAGAAAACAGCUCAGCAUAUCUUCAAAGACAAUAAUGAAGAUGAAGCCAGUAGUAAAAAAGCAAAACCAGAAGAUGAUGAAGUUGGUUUUAGGAUUGCAGACCUUGCCGAAGGCAAUGUCACUGCAGUUGGAAGUGUUAAUCCAGUAGAAAAUUUCAGAGUGCUGGUGCGGCAGAAGACAGCUGACUUCAAGGAAGUCAGUCAGCAGCUAAUAAAACACAUCCACCAGUUUUUGGAAAACAGGGGUCAUUUAUACUAUUCAAAGAGCAUUGACUGCAUAAAAGCUCUCAGAGCGGAAGCCAUUAAGCUGUCAGAAGUGCAGUACUUUAAUGAUUUUCUGGAGGCUCUGAAAAAAAGGGUGGAAGAUAAAAACUUAGCCGAUUUCUGGGAGAUUAUAAUACAAGAUGAAAUUUCCUUGAUUACCAAAGAAGAAUCUGGAGGAAGCUGUCUGACAGCUGAAGAUGCCAGAAAGUUCCUGGCUCCCAAAGAUAAGCCCAUGGAAGUCUCACCAGUUACAGAUGAAGGGGGUGAUGUUGAUGAUCUUCUGGAUAUGAUUUAAAUAGUGGGCAGCAUCAGGGAAUUGCUGGACCUGAAGAUGUCUUUAGAAUCCAGGGAGAACAAUAUCAGGAAGUCAUCUACAGGAGCUUAAUUCCACCACAUGGGAAGCAAUGAAAUUGCCAGUAUGCUUUCAGUCUUUGCUGUCUGUUUGCCACAAGGCUUGAGAAAAAUUACCAACAAAAAUAACACCAUCUUACCUAUUCAAGCAUCUUUUAAUAUGAUGGCUCCAUAUUCUUUGAUAUUAGCAUAGUUGUUGCAAUUUCUCAGUCCUUGUUAUAUGCAUGUAAUAUUUUGUUAAAUUCAGUGCCUUCUAAAUAAACCAUAGAUAUAGGACCCGUCGUAGCAAUGCUUCUGAUGUGGCUAUGAAAUGUUCUGACUAGUUACUAAAUACCCCUUUUCUUCCCCCAACUUAUCCCUGUAUCUUAAUAUGCAAAUGUUGGUGUUUUUGGAAAGCUGACUUUUAUAUCUUUUUUCUACAGGGUUAUUACUUUCAAGCAUUUUUUGCCACCUUCAUUUUUCCUAAUGCAAUUUGAUGAUCUCAAGAGGCAGCUAGUUUUCAGUGUUGCUGAUGUUAAAGUCACCGGGUUUGUAUAGGGGGUGAUGGAAAACCUUUUAAGUGUGUGUUGCAGAAAUUUUGUUUGCAAUUAAAUGUAAUGUUGUUAUAAUACAGUUGAAAAACAGGAGGCAAACCAGAAAAUAAAAGUUAAAAUGCAAUUUAGAAAAAA